GGUAGGUUUAAAAUUUCGCGGCGCACCCUCUCGCCGCUCUCUGGUGACUGCUGAACGCCGCCCGCGUUUCGCCAUUUUGAAAGUGCUGUAAGGAGGCAGAGGCGAGGGAACUCUCAAAGUAGAGUGCAAAGUCUACAAGCCAAUAGUGGGCAUUAUUAAUUACUUUGUGGAAAACAGUUCCGUGCUGUAUAGCAGGGCCGAAGACUUUUGCUUACGUUCUUCGGAGUACCAAGCAGCACUCCCGGCUUCAUUCCUGCACUGCUCCUCGCUAGAACCUCCCAGCCGACCCGGGUCAGCACUGUUCCAGUCCAGGGCCCGAGCCCGCUUAGAUACCCCUCUCCGAGUCGCUCACCAUGGCAGGGCCCGGUGGUGGGAGCAAUGAUGUGCAGUGGUGCUUCUCCCAAGUCAAAGGAGCAAUAGAUGACGACGUCGCUGAAGCCGAUAUCAUAUCCACUGUUGAAUUUAACCAAUCUGGAGAGCUACUUGCAACUGGGGACAAGGGGGGUCGUGUUGUCAUCUUUCAGCAGGAGCAAGAGAGUAAGAAUAAGCUUCAGUGCCGAGGAGAGUACAAUGUUUACAGCACCUUCCAGAGCCACGAGCCUGAGUUUGACUACCUGAAAAGUCUUGAGAUUGAGGAGAAGAUCAACAAGAUUCGAUGGUUGCCUCAGAAGAAUGCAGCACAUUUUCUUUUGUCAACAAAUGACAAAACCAUAAAGCUGUGGAAAAUUAGUGAGCGUGACAAAAGACCAGAGGGCUACAAUUUGAAGGAAGAAGAUGGGCAAUACAGAGAUCCCAACACUGUCACUACACUACGGGUACCAGUAUUCAGGCCCAUGGACUUGAUGGUGGAAGCCAGUCCUAGACGAGUGUUCGCCAACGCGCACACAUACCACAUCAACUCCAUCUCAGUCAACAGCGAUUGUGAGACCUACUUGUCUGCUGAUGACCUGCGCGUUAACCUCUGGCAUCUGGAGAUCACUGAUCGCAGCUUUAAUAUUGUUGACAUUAAGCCGGCCAAUAUGGAGGAUUUAACAGAGGUGAUCACAGCGGCCGAGUUCCAUCCCAACCAAUGCAACACUUUUGUCUACAGCAGCAGCAAGGGCACGAUCCGCCUGUGUGACAUGAGGGCAGCAGCGCUAUGCGACAGCCACGCCAAACUGUUUGAAGAGCCUGAAGAUCCAAACAAUCGUUCCUUCUUUUCUGAAAUCAUCUCAUCCAUCUCUGAUGUAAAGUUCAGCCAUAGUGGACGCUACAUGAUGACCCGGGACUACCUGUCUGUCAAAAUUUGGGAUCUCAAUAUGGAGUCACGACCAGUAGAGACAUAUCAGGUGCAUGAAUAUCUCAGGAGCAAGUUGUGUUCACUCUAUGAGAAUGAUUGCAUCUUCGAUAAGUUUGAAUGCUGUUGGAAUGGGAACGACAGUGUUGUGAUGACGGGUUCCUACAACAACUUCUUCAGGAUGUUUGAUCGAGGAUACCAGCAGGACAUGACCCUAGAGGCGUCGCGGGAAAACAGCAAGCCGCGAUCGGUCUUGAAACCUCGCAAAGUAAGCACAGGUGGGAAGCGCAAAAAGGAUGAGAUCAGUGUAGACAGUCUGGACUUUAACAAGAAGAUCCUCCACACUGCCUGGCAUCCUCUGGACAACAUCAUUGCUGUGGCCACAACCAACAAUCUGUACAUAUUCCAGGACAAGCUGAACUAGCAUUUGUUGAAGCACUGAGGUCCCAGUUUCUGCUUGAGCGCCGCUGCUCUGAUAUACAAAUAUGAACAAUAGCUGUCUGUUUUUGGCUAAAUCCCUCUUGAUGAGCUGCCCUUGGCAUAUGCCAAGAACUGCUAUGUCAACAGUGGCAUGAACACAGUACACCCAAGUAGGCCAUCACAAGCCCAUUUUCUAUUUGUAUUGCAAAUAUGAACAUGUAGGGUUUUUUUGUUUGGUUUUUUUUGUUUGGUUUUUUAAGAUCUGAGUCAUACAGUGGGAUUUAGUGUCAUGGGUUUUCUCUGGUUGGAGCACUCCAGUCAUCAAGCUACAAAUUGCAACUCCACUACAUCCCAAACCAAAGGGAAAUCUGUUCAUACACAUGUUUGGUUAGUUUGUUUGAUUCUUCUUUUGUGCCAUGGUUCAUCUGUGUCUCAUAGCCACUAGUUAUUAGAUUAUUGUAGCUAUUGUGUCUCAUUAGUUUUCUGUUGCUCUCAUAUCAUUCAGUCACCACUGGCCUGAAACACUGGUAAUGCAAACUGUCGACACUCCAUAUUUUCACAGUAUUUGUCCAUUUGCCAAGUUCACUCACCACUUUCUUGCCAAUAUACAGUAUGAUUAUGCAGUUAAAGGACUCGUUUAGUGUUUUAACCUUUUUUUUUUAUGGUUCUAUGAUUAUAGCGUACAGCCUGCAUUACUGCAAACAUCUGUCCACAGUGUGCAAGAUUUAAUAUUGGAUCAGAUUUUGACCUUUUAAGACAGCCACUAGUUUACAGUCAUUAAUAUUAACAAAGUCUCCUUCAUUUAUACCUUUAUAGUGAACUUGUUGCUGUUGAUUAAAUCAAGUUACAUUACAGGAAAACUGUUUUCAUACUGUAACAUUUACCAUUUAACAAUGGAGACUAAAUUCUGUCUCUUUUUUUUU